AUGCGCUCUUAUUAGCGUCACUGUUGUAAACAAAAGAAUUCAUAUACUUUUGUCAGCUUUAAUUUCACGAUUUUCAUCGUAGCAUUGCUUUUAUAUCUAAAACAAAUUUAAUCAUAUUGCAAAGAUUUGUGUUUUCUGACAUUUUACUUGAUAAAAGUGUGACAGUAUUUCCGGAUUUCGUCGAUUUUGGGAUCACAAAUAAUUUUCUUUGUUCGGCUGAAUAGUGACCACGUGGGUGGGGAAAUUGAUUGAUUGCUGCAGCUGAGAUUAUUUCAUACGUUGACGCUCAUAAGCAGUUAAGUAUUUUCGUUUUUGCUUGUCGUUGCAUCUACAGUAAUGCUGUUGCGUUUUCAAACUUUUUCUCGGCUGGACUCCGAGCUUUGUGAUCACCAAAACAUCAUUAACAAGGAUCCUAUACUAUAUAGUGGUUUUUAUUGUUAAAUUAUAUACAUGUUAAAUACAUGGGUGCAAGUUUCAGGCAUAUGACUGAAGCUCAGGUUUUUUGUGACAUAUUUCAUCAUGUUCUACCUUUAGAUUAUGUAGGAAAAUGAUAACGAAUUGAAGUUUUCAGGUUAUUUCAAAUUUUUGAUUGCACCUAUGCAUGUAUACUGUACGGAAUCCAUAUAAUAAUAUGAUUAUGGUCGAGUUGUAACAUUUCAUGUAUAUAUUGGAGACUGUUGACUGCCUGAGGCUUCAUUUAGGAUGAUUUCCAACCCAAUAUUCCUCUAGUUUGUUAUAAUAAAUAUUGUGAAACUUACAUAUAUAACCUCUUGGUUAGUUCUAAUCAAAGUUGUGGUGAGCAGAUUAUUUAAAAAAAAAAAAAAAAAAAAAAAAAAAAAAAAAAGAUGCUUUUAUUUAUAAUUUCCAGACUUGAACCUGAGUUUCCGGACUAGUAUCCGAGAUUUAUUUUUAAAUAUCCAGGCUUGCACCUGAGUUUCCGGACUAGUAUCCGAGAUUUAUUUUUAAAUAUCCAGGCUUGCACCUGAGUUUCCGGACUGGUAUCCGAGUCUUAUUUUAAAUUUCCAGGCUUGCACCUGAGUUUCCGGACUGGUAUCCGAGAUUUAUUUUUAAAUAUCCAGGCUUGCACCUGAGUUUCCGGACUGGUAUCCGAGAUUUAUUUUUAAUAUCCAGGCUUGCACCGGAGUUUCCGGACUAGUAUCCGAGAUUUAUUUUUUAAAUAUCCAGGCUUGCACCUGAGUUUCCGGACUGGUAUCCGAGAUUUAUUUUAAUUUUCCAGGCUUUGGCCUGAAUAUUUUGGACUUGUAUAGAUUUAUGUUUUAUUUUUUAAAUUUCAUGGCAGGCACCCGAAUUUUCGGACUAGUAUCCGAGUUAUAAUUUUUAAAUUGACUGUUUAUACUUAUUAACCAGUCUAGUACGGGAGUGCCUAGUCAAGUGCACAAACAUAUUUUACAGUCCAAAACACCUGCUAUAGAACUAUUUGUAAAUUUAUUAAUUCCAGGCUAUGUCCUGAGGUUCCGGACAAGUAUCCCAGGUUUUAUUUCCUAUUUAUUUUGCUAUAUUUCCAGAUAUGCCAGGAAAGAGGAAAGCUGCUUCGUCAACAAAGGCGAAAUGUACCGCUUCGUGUUGCGUGGAAGCACCGGUGGCUGGAGGGAGCAGCCCAAACGAUGUACACCACAUUAACAGAACAAAGCGCCAGGGUAUAAUUAAUAACAAUCCUUCUGUUCCUGAAGUUCAACCAGAAAUAACGGCAUCCCCAUCAGAUGAUUCUGAUGAUUCCAACCUGAACGAUGUCACAGUAAAUAAUGUUAACUUGACAGAAAAGGAAGACCGGGGGCGUAGGAGAACAAAAUCACAGACGAAGACAAACUCUUCUCGUAAAAAGAGGUCCCUUUCUCCAACCAGGCACAGGCACAGUGUGAACACUGACACAUCCAGCGGGGAAGAUGAAAUAACAGACUCUUCUUCAUCAGACAGCGAUGAUAGUCUCUUGGAUGGAGUUUUAGCUAAACAGGCUAAAAAACUUAAAGAUACAAGAGUUUCUCAAGACUGCUCCCUAUGCAGACAGGGUAGCAACUCAAGUACCAAGUGCUCUUCUCGAACACCUUUAAGACGUAUUGUCAGUUCUCUACUUGAGGGUUCUCUGGCUCAAAGCACGAGACGCUCUUAUAGCAAUGCAUAUAAACAUUUCAGUUCUUUUCAUAAUAAUCAUUAUGGAAGACAUCCACACGGCAGGAUUUCUACAAGUAAACUAACUACAUAUGUAGCAUUUUGUCACUCGACAGGUAUGAAAUAUUCAAGCAUAUGCUCCAGAGUGUCUGCCCUCAAUUAUAUAAAUAGAUUGCUUGGUGCAAAGUCUUCAAAACACAGUUUCUUAGUACAAAGAGUGCUUUUGGGUUGUAAAAAAUUUUCUUCGAAUCCUGACAAAAGACAACCCAUUACUAAAUAUCUGUUGAAAAAGCUAGUUUCCAUACUACCCAGUUUAUUCACGUCUUUAUAUAAUGUUACACUAAUUCGGGCUAUGUUCACAAUGGCUUUUUUCGCAUUUCUAAGGGUAGGUGAAUUCACAAAGUCUAGUACUGCCAACCAUACUAUCUCCAACAGCGAUAUAUCUGUUAAUACAAAGAAUUGCAAACCUGUCAGUAUUUCUGUCUCGUUGAGUCAUUUUAAACAUUCAGUUGCCCCAUUCACCAUGAUUUUACAGCGUUUCAAAAACAAGCGAAUAUGUCCAGUUCUUGCAAUUGACACAUUUUCCAGAAUGCGUCCAAAAGUUUUGGGUCCAUUUUUCCUUAAUGAAUCGGGAACCCCAGUUACUACGAAACAAUUCAAUAAGAUUUUGAAAAAAUGUAUUUGUAAGAUUGGGUGCGACCCAAAAUUUUUAUACAUCACAUAGUUUUCGAAUUGGAGCUGCUACGUUCGCCCACAGCAAAAAGUACUCAGAUUCUCAAAUACGCAAAUUAGGCAGGUGGCGGUCUAACGCUUUUCAGUCAUAUUUGCGCCCUUCUUCCCUGAUGUUUUGAUUAACGAC